GGUGUGAGCGAGGACGCUCUGAAGGAGUUCUCGAUGAUGUUCAAGCACUUCGACAAGGACCGCUCCGGUCGUCUCAACCACCACGAGUUCAAGUCGUGCCUGCGCGCGCUCGGCUACGACCUGCCCAUGGUCGAGGAGGGGCAGCCCGACCCCGAGUUCGAGGCUAUACUCAAUGUGGUGGAUCCGAAUCGCGACGGGCAAGUGUCGCUGCAGGAGUACAUGGCGUUCAUGAUCAGCAAGGAGACGGAGAACGUACAUUCAUCGGAGGAGAUCGAGAACGCGUUCCGCGCCAUCACCGCGCACCAGGACCGCGCCUACGUCACCAAGGAUGAGCUAUACGCUAACCUGACAAAGGAGAUGGCGGACUAUUGUGUAGCUCGCAUGAAACCUUACGUGGAACCGAAGACGGAACGACCCAUACCCAACGCUCUCGACUACAUAGACUUCACCCACACGCUGUUCCAGAACUAAGCACGCAGCACCGCCCGCGCAGUACCUUAUUUAACGCAUUAAAUAACAAAACAUA